AUGACCGAACUUGGUUUCCUGCUGUUUCUCUUUGUGGCCACCAGAGAGGCAGCGCAGACUGGCUCUGCCCACGGGCCCCACUUGCGUUUGCCCGUGGGCCGCCCCUGCUUCGCACAGGCAGGCGCAGUCCUGCGCCGGCCGCUGCAUGGCCUGUUUUUUCUCCACGCUGAGAAUGGUGUCAUCUACCAGACCUUCUGUGACAUGACCUCUGGGGGUGGUGGCUGGACCCUGGUGGCCAGUGUGCAUGAGAACAACAUGCUGGGGAAGUGCACGGUGGGUGAUCGCUGGUCCAGUCAGCACAGCAGCAGGGCAGACUAUCCAGAGGGGGAUGGCAACUAAGCCAAUCACAACACCUUUGGGUCUGCAGAGGUGGCCACCAGUGAUGACUACAAGAACCCUGGCUACUAGGACAUCCAGGCCCAGGACCUGGGCAUCUGGCAUGUGCAAAAGUCCCUCCUGCACGAUUGGAGGAACAGGCCCCUGCUGAGGAGCCGCACCAGGAAUGGCUUCUUCCAGAGUCUGGGACAUAAUCUGCUCGGCCUCUACCGGAAAUUCCCAGUGAAACAUGGGAAGUGUUGGACUGACAACGGCCCAGCGAUACCUGUGGUCUCCAAUUCUGGUGAUGCCCAGAAAACAGCAUCGUAUCACUCACCCCUUGGCCAGAAGGAAUUCACUGCAGGAUUUGUCCAGUUCAGAGUAUUUAAUAAGAGAGCAGUCAACACUUGGUGUCCUGGAGUGAGAGUCACCAGGUGUCACACGGAGUACUCGAGUCCUUGUGGGGAUCAAGAGACACCGUGUGUAAAGUUGUUUGUCAGUGAGCGUGUGUGUGGUGUGACUAUGGUGUGA